GAAGUCAAGGCCAGGCUGCGCCCGUUCGGCUUCUUCUUUGAAAAGUCCUUGACGGAUCUGAUCAAGGGCAUAAGGGCCCACAAGGAUGUUGAGUCCCAGUUGAAGUUUCUCCAGAAUGCCAUUAACGAAUGCCGCUCAGAGGUGAAGAGCAGUGACAUGGAUGUGAAGACUAUGGCGGUGUUGAAAUUGAGCUAUUUGGAGAUGUACGGGUUUGACAUGUCGUGGGCCAAUUUCCACGUGUUGGAGGUGAUGAGCUCUUCGAAGUUCCAGCAAAAGCGAGUUGGCUACUUGGCUGCUUCUCAAUGUUUCAGGAAUGACGAGGACGUGUUGAUGCUAACCACCAACUUAUUGAAGAAGGAUUUGAAUUCGAACAAGUCCGUGGAGACGGGUGUUGCGAUAAGUGGUAUCUCCAACGUUGUCACUAGAGAAUUGGCUGCAGACGUUGUUGAUGAUUUAAUAAAGAUGUUAAACCAUUCCAAACCAUACAUCAGAAAGAAGGCCGUGUUGGCUAUGUAUAAGAUCUUUCUGAAGUAUCCAGAGGCUUUGAGAACCCAUUUAAACAGGAUCACUGAUAAGCUGGACGAUGAUGACGAAUCUGUCGUCACCGCUACAGUGACUGUGAUUUGCGAGUUGUCGAAAAAGACACCAAAGAUCUUGGUCAACCUGGCCCCAUUGUUUUAUCAGCUCUUACAGAACUCAAACAACAACUGGAUGCUGAUAAGAAUAUUGAAGUUAUUUUCUUCCUUGACUGCAGUGGAGCCUCGUUUAAAGCACAAACUGCUGAACCCAGUACUGGAACUGAUGUCAAAGACCAAGGCAUCGUCCUUGGUAUUUGAGUGCGUCAAUUGUUUAGUGAUGGGUGAUAUGAUUGAUGAAACAGACUAUGAAGUUGCCCGCCUCUGUCUCGAAGAAUUGGUUGAGUUCUUCCAACAAAACGAUUCAAAUUUGAGAUACGUGGGACUUUUGGCAUUUUUGAAGAUUGGAAAGAUCAAUCCAAAAUUCAUUGCAAGCUAUUCAGAGUAUAUCUUGCAGUUUAUUGAAGAUGAAGAUGUUACAAUAAGGGAAAAAUCAUUGGGAAUAGUACAAGGUGUUGUUGAUGAUGAGAAUUGUUUUACAGUGGUAAAAAAAUUGAUGUUACAACUAGUACCGGAAGAGUCGUCAACAUCGAAUGAAAAUGAUUCCUUCCCAAAAUUGUUCGCUAAGAAAACAGUCUUAUCAGAACAUUAUAAGCACGAAAUAGUUUACAAGAUAUUGGAAAUCUCGUCAAUGGAUAACUACACGAACAUCCCGAGCUUUGAAUGGUACCUAGCGGUAAUUUCAGACUUGAUCGAUCUGUCAAUAGUUAACAAUCUUCAAACAGGAGACCAACUGGGAGAACAAUUAAGAGAUAUUGCUGUUAGGGUACCAAGUGUUAGAAAAGAAGUGGUGGGAACGGCGAUUAAAAUUAUAAACAACAAAGAUGUCCUGGGGAAAUUACCAGCCGCUUUGAAAUACACUAUAUGGCUUGCAGGUGAGUACUCAGAGUACAUCAAAAACGGUGACAUCUUUAUUCAAACGAUAUUGUCAAAUGAAAGCAGGUUGGAGUUGGCACCUUAUGAUCUCCUAGAGUUAUAUAUUCCGGCUUUGGUAAAGAUCUACAGCAAUUACGUCAAUAAGGACCCAACUUAUUGGGACCUGGAUAAGUCUGACAAUAUUUCGUCUUUGACGAACAGAUUAAUCAAUUUUUUCGAAAAGCUAUCCAACUCAAAGCAUUUCGAAGUUCAAGAACGUUCCGUGGAAUUUUUGGAAUUUUUCAAAGUCAUCUUAGAAGCUAUUGAGCAACACGAUUUGAAUGCUUCCGAACCUCCUCUGCUAUUAACCGAUGCACUGCCUUCUUUGUUCAACGCUUGGGAAUUAAAUCCGAUCUCCUUGGGUUCUCAACAAAAAUUAGCUGAUCCAGAUUUCGACUUGGAUACUCCAAUUAACGAGGAAAUCUUUGAACAAUAUCUGAAGAGUGAUGAUGAUGAUACGGAUUUAGAAGAAUUUGAGGAGGAACUUUACGAAGAUUUGGGAUAUGUGGAACACGAGGAACAGAAGAAUGAGCAAGAGAGAAAUCCUGUUGUUGAUGAAUUAAAGAAAAAGGAAAGAGAAGAGAGAUUGAAAGACGACCCGUACUACCUUUCGAGCGAUAAU